AUGUGCCACGCAGCGACCCACAUCUUCUUCGGCUUGCCCAUCCGCACCUGGUCGCUCGUCCCCGCCGCAGACGCCUGGCCGAAGCUCGUCAAGACGCUCCCCUUUUUCGACUUGAUCACGUUGCGCAUCUUCAACGGGACCCUCCGGGCUCCGAGGAAGGAAGACGCCGGGCCUUCUGCAGUCGAGCGGGUUCCGAUCGAGGUCUGGGACGUCGUCAAGCACAAGCUCGUAGACCUCGAGCUACAGGACGCCAAUGAUCAGUUCAUGCGCGAUAUCGGCGUCAACGACUGGAGCUGCUGGGGCUCGGGUCUGCGCAGACCUGGCAAAUCGCUCGCAGGUUCCGCUCUUCCGCCAUUCUGGACCGACAUUUGCGGCGAAGCUGAACCCUGCGACAUGUGCAUGGACGAUCUGUUGUCGUGGGCAUGUGAUAUCUGGUCUGAUAAGCGAUUGAAGCGACUCGAGACGUUGCUCAAGACGUUCAAGCUCUGCGUCCCGACCGAUCGACCAGUCCUGCGGCGUGAUGAAAGCUUGAUGGACCUCCAAUCCGCCACCUACGUCGCGCUUCUCACGCCCAAAGGAGCGUGCAUUACGCUCGAGACCAAUUGCGGCUACGACGGGCCUGACGAGCAGAGGGUGACGCAGAUCGAUUUCAAGAUGAUGCGAAAGACUGCUCGAGGUGCUCGCCAGCGAUUUCUGCGGUUGAUCCGCCUUCUGCACCUCGAGCCGCUCCAAAUCGAGACGAUGGUGUCGAAGAAGCUGGCUUCGGGCGGACAGAACGAGAUCGUGCUUCGCCAACGAACAUUCACGGUACUUCCAGUGAACGAGGCGCAACCAAAGUGGCUGAUGCUCACUGACCUCGUCACGGAUUGGUAA